CAACUUUGAAAAACACUGUAUUAAACCUAUCCGGCGAGGUCGGUCAUUUUGGGAAAGGGCGGUAAAAGCAACCCGAAAGAACGGACGGCGCGACAACUGGGGCAGGGCCGCACGAGAAUGAAACGAGGUGCUUAGGGAAAGGGUGGGCUCUCCUCCCAGCCUGUCUUAGGUAGAGGCUGGCGGGAGAUCCGUCAGAGAUACUUCAUUUUGUAUUGAGCAGGAGGUGGGACAGCAUGGCCCCUUCCGGCUCUAUGAUCCUGAGAUCCUGAAAAUGAAGGGUGUGAGGAGACAGAACUGAAUUCCAGUUAGAAAAUGGAUUUUAAGAUGUCGGUUUCUCCGGGAAAAGGGAAGCGACUCUAAAUGGGAAUGGAGGCUAAAGCCUGCCUCUCAUUGCCCGCCAAAGGUGGCGGGCGAGAAAGACUUAGAAAACCGCGACCUCCGGAUGCAGGAGCAAACUAAAAUGGCGCCUCCGCUUUCUUGUUUAUAAUGUCGCAGAGUUUGCUCGAGCCAACUUGCCUCUAUGUCCAAUGAGAAGCGAGCUUGGGGGUGGGAAUCUGAACAUUUUUCUACCCUGUCAAAACAUGAGAGGACUAAUGGGAGAGCGUGACCAAUCCGGACCCUUGGAGUGGUUCACGCAGAGUUGUAAUUGGCUCGCGGAAAAGGCGUCAGAGACUGGGAUGCUUUUGUCCAAUGAGGAACCUUUCUUUGGACGUGGAGGGGGUGGGAGAUGUUGCUCGGGUAACGCAGGUGCAGCCAGAUCCCACACAAUGGAAGAGCGUUCCAAUCUUGUGAAUAUGAUGAAAUUGAGCAUUAAAGUCUUAAUCCAGUCAGCUUUGAGUUUGGGGAGGACUCUUGAUUCUGACUUCCCUCCUCUGCAGCAGUUCUUUGUUGUUUUAGAACAUUGUCUCAAGCAUGGCCUUAAAGCUAAGAAGAGUUUUAUUGGGCAGAACAAAUCGUUCUUUGGACCUUUAGAAUUAGUGGAGAAACUUUGUCCAGAGGCAUCAGAUUUAGCAACAAGUGUCAGAAAUCUGCCAGAAUUAAAGACUCCAGUCGGAAGAGGCAGAGCUUGGCUUUAUCUUGCUGUGAUGCAAAAGAAACUGGCAGAUUACUUGAAAGUACUCUUGGAUCACAAGUGUCUCUUAAGUGAAUUUUAUGAGUCUGAUGCCUUGAUGAUGGAAGAAGAAGGAGCUGUGAUUGUGGGUCUGUUAGUGGGGCUAAAUGUCAUUGAUGCAAAUCUCUGUUUAAAAGGAGAAGACUUGGAUUCCCAGGUUGCAGUGAUUGAUUUUUCUCUGUACCUUAAGGAUACACAGUCUGGUGACAAUGGCAAAGGUGAUGAAGGAAUUACUGCUGUGCUUGACCAGAAACAUUAUGUAGAAGAACUUAAUCGACAUCUAAGUUGCACUGUUGGAGAUCUUCAGAGCAAGAUAGAGUGCUUAGAGAAAACAAAUUCCAAGCUCCAGGAAGAGCUGUCAGCAGCAACGGAUCGAAUCAAAGCACUUCAGGAAGAACAACAGGAGCUGAAGCAGGAAAAUGAAUUAAUUCGUGAACGCAGUGAAAAGCAUGUAGAGGUAACUAAACUGGACACCAAAGUGGAACUGGAAACCUAUAAACAAUCACGACAAGGCCUAGAUGAAAUGUAUACUGAUGUCUGGAAGCAAUUAAAAGAGGAGAAAAGAAUUCGAAUGGAGUUGGAAAAAGAAUUGGAGCUUCAGACUGCAAUGAAAACAGAGAUGGAAAUUGCCAUGAAACUCCUCGAGAAAGAUACACAUGAAAAACAAGAUACCUUGGUUGCACUUCGCCAACAAUUGGAGGAAGUUAAGGCUAUCAAUUUGCAGAUGUUCAAUAAAUCCCAGACUGCAGAGAGUUCUUUGCAACAGAAAAAAGAAGCAAUAUCAUCCUUUGAAGGCAAAACAGAUCAAAUGAUGUCUUCUGUGAAGCAAAUGGAGGACAGAUUGCAGCAUGCAGAGAAGGCCAGGCAGCUUGCAGAAGAGAAAAAUGUCAAACUGAAGCAAGAAUUGGGGAGCAAAAUUGAGACACUGAAGCAGCAACUAAUCCAGCUGGAUAGCAACUGUUCCAUUAUUGAGAGAGAGUUAAAAUCUGAGAAAGAACAGCGACAGAGUCUGCAGCAAGAAUUACAUCAAGAGAAAGACACUACAGCUUUGCUGAAAGCAGAACUGCAGCAAGUAGAAGGUUUGAAAAAAGAAUUACGAAAACUGCAGGAAGAGAAGCAGCAGCUGGAAAAGAGCUGUGAAGAACAAGAACAAGCCCUUCAAGAAAUGGGGCUUCACCUUAGCCAAUCAAAACUUAAAAUGGAAGAUAUUAAAGAAGUAAAUAAAGCAUUAAAGGGACACGCAUGGCUAAAAGAUGAUGAAGCAACCAACUGUAAGCAGUGUGAGAAAGAGUUCUCCAUUUCAAGAAGAAAGCACCACUGUCGAAACUGCGGUCACAUCUUUUGUAAUACUUGUUCAAGCAAUGAACUCGCACUUCCAUCAUAUCCAAAGCCUGUACGAGUUUGUGAUACCUGCCAUACUUUACUGCUUCAGAGGUGUUCAUCAAAUUCUUCCUAAAAUAUUCCAAAAUGUUAAGACCAGAGAAUGAACCUUAAGUGUAAUAGUUUUUUAAUAUUCUAAAUUCCACCAUUCUUUGUUAUCAUAUAUGGCACUGUAUGUUAUAUUUGAACAGGACAAGAAUUUAUAAAAAUCGGAUACCAAAAUCACGGAAACUAUUUUUGUAUAGAUUAAGUGCCAGCAAAAUGUGCACAAACUUUUGUUUUUAAAAUCCAAAAUAUCUAUUGUUUGAAUGUUAACUUUAUACUUCACAUUUAUAGAUUUGCUCCAAAACAAAUUACUUUUCUGAACACUUAUUUCCUCGAUCUGUCUUCUGUAACAGUUCACUUAAAUUUCUGUAGAUGUGUAUGUAGUAAAAGAUGAAAAUGUUAACGUCUUAAAUCUAAAUCUAUGAAAGCAUUUUUUAAAGCGAUGUAUGCUUGGAUGUGCCUUCUAAAUCUUUCAAAAGUGAACAGAAUAAAGUUUAUAAGUUAUCUGUAAAAUAGUGAUUAUGCAAUAAAGUUGAUCUGGACUUCUGUUAAAUGUUCUUUAAUAUAUUUGUAACUAAAUUUGCAUAUUUUCAUACUGUCCUUAAACUAACAAAAUACAGUACACUUUCAAGGUGUAUUAUCUGGGGUGAGCUGAGAAGGGCAUGCUGCAGAAACUAAUGAAUCUGUCUUCCAGGGUUUCCAUAGAAGUAUACAAUUUUAAAAGUUAUGCAUUUUUUUACAACUGGGCAGCAAUUACAUAGUUUUACAGAAUAACUGCGAAGCAUUAAAAAUUGUGAACACAGGACAUGGUAGAUGUUAUGUCUUUGUAGCUUGAAGGCUGAGAAAAGAAUGACCAUGAAAUAAAGGACAUCCUGAAAAA